AUGAAGUUCCUCGCAACCCUCGCUCUGGCCCUCACCGCCGCCUCCACGGGCGCGCUCGCCCAAGGCACCAACGCUACCGCCUUCGCCGACGGCCUCCUCAGCGCUCUCCGCGCCAACAACCUCUCUCGUCUCGCCGACGCCGUAGGCAACAACUCCCAGAUGCUGCUCGGCGCUCUCCAGGGCGGAAACAAGACGGUGCUGGCUCCCAGCAACCAGGCCUUCCAGGCGCUCGGCAACGAUGUGUCUGACCAGACUCUUGUCGCUACCAUCGCUUACCACGUUCUGAACGGUUCGAUUAGCAACAGCCAGCUGGGAACCAACAACAAGACGAUCGCAGCCAGCGCACUCAACUCGUCCGAGUUCGUCACUCUGCCCCGAAACCGCUCUCAGGUGGUUGUGCUUUCCAAGCAGGCCAGCAACAACACCGCCUACGUCCAGUUGCCUACGGGAAACGUCUCCUUCGCCUUGACGCAGGAUGGACCUCAGUACCAGAACAUUCGCGUUCAACCCAUCACGCAGGUGCUUACCAUCCCUCCGAAUGUCACCGCUGUGGCUGGCGAUCUCGGAGCUAGCCAGCUGGCCGAGUUGCUGAACGGAGCCAACCUGGGCGAUGCGCUCGAUGGAUCCAUCGUCACCGUCUUUGCCCCUACCAACGCGGCCAUCCAGGCGGUGCAGCAGACCGUGCAAGCCGCCACCGCCGAGCAGCGUACCGCCGUUCUGCUCAACCACGUGCUCAACGGUACCGUCGUCUACUCGACCAGCCUCGCCUCCACUCCGAACGCCAUCAGCGCUGCGGGUAACCAGCUCACCUUUGUCAGCAAUUCCACCGGUGCGUUUGUCACCAGCGGAAAUGUGACGGCUAGGAUCGUGAUGAGCGACUACGUAGCCAAGAACGGCGUGGUUCACGUCAUCGACAGGGUGCUGCUCAACACGACGCAGAACACCCAGGCUGCCGCUAGCGCCUACAGCUCGGCUACCGCCGCUGCCGCCACCCAGACCAGCGCACCGGGCGUCGGUGGCGGCAGCGGCAGCGGAAGUGGUAGUGGAAGCGGAAGCGGAAGCGGCGGUUCGGGUAACGGCGCUGCUGGCUUGAAGCCCAAAAAAACAAUGUCAGACAACAGCCCAGUAGUCCUGCUCACGGGGGCCUCUCGAGGUCUCGGUCUAGCCGUCCUCAAGCUUCUCCUCCGCGGAUCUCCCAGCACCUCCAGCGCGACCUUCCCAGCUGCUCGAGUGGUCACCAUCUCGCGCACGCUCACGCCGGAGCUAUCUUCCCUCCAGUCCGACCAACCUUCUUCGCUCAUCUGCGUCCAGGGGGAUGUCACGUCUAGCAGCACAAAUGCUUCCGCUGUGUCGGCUGCGGUUCGGGAAUUCGGACGUCUCGAUUCGCUGAUUCUGAACGCGGGUGUCGUUUCCACGGAACAAAUCUCCAACCUUACCCCCGAGAGUUUUGCGGAAACGCUCAAUGUCAACACCGUCUCCCUCAUCAGCACCCUCUCCGCAGCACUUCCGGAGCUGCGAAAGUCGACGCGAGGAACAGUAGUGUUCGUAUCCUCCGGCGCCGCAACAGGCAACACCGCCGGGUGGUGCGCGUACAACGCCUCCAAAGCCGCACUCAACGCCGUCGCCCGAACCCUCGCCAACGAAGAAAACUUGGCUGUAUUUGCCGUACGACCCGGUGUCGUCGAUACGGAUAUGCAAACCCUCCUACGAAGCGAAAAGGGUCAAGCGAUGAAGAAGGACGAGAGGGAAAGGUUCUUGACGCUGCACAAGGAGGGCAAGCUGUUGAGACCCGAACAACCAGCGUACAGUAUCGCAGCGUUGGCAGUGAAAGGUACAAGGGAGGAGCCGAGGGGCAAGGAGGGGAAAGGGUUGGGUGCGCAAGGCGCGUUUGUCACUUGGAACGAGGAUGUUUUGGCGGGUUACAAGGAUGAAAAUAUCCGGCUUUGA